CCUCCUCCUCCUUCUACUUUUUUUUGGCCAGCUGUUUCAAAGUAUAAUUUAUAUACAAUAAAAUUUAUUUUAAGUUUUGCCCAGUUUUGACAAAUGGAGUUGAUUGACACUUGUGUAACCACUACCACAGUCUGAUAAAGAGCAUUUCCAUCACGCCCAAAGUUCCCUCAUGCCCCUUAUGCAGACUAGAAAUGUUAGUGGGGAGAAGAGGAAGGGGGUUUCAGAAUCACAGUGGAGGAAGACUAAUAAGCUCAAGUUACUUCAGUUUUGCCUGGGGAUCAGAGGAUCACAGUCUUGCAUCCUCCCUGCCUCCUCCCUCCCCACCCAGGAAUGCUUUGCCAGACCUUAACUGACUUGGAUGUGUACUUGUAGCUUAUUAAUUCAGAGUGAUCAUUCAUCCCAGUUUGCCCAGAAUCUUCCCAGUUUUAGUAUCCCAAGUUCCUGUGUUCAGACAUCUCACCCCAGGUCCCAGACAAACCAGGAUGGUACGUUGCCCUAGCUGUGAUGUUUAUGCCACUGUUUCUCAGUCUGAGGUUGCCAUCUCAUUUUUUAGAAUCAUUUUUCUUGUAUGAGCACAUAGAAGGCACUCAGUAAAUGAGUGUGUGGGUGGACACACAGAUAAACCCCAAGCUGUAGGCAGCUGCGGAUUCCUGGCCUGGAGAACAGGAGACCUGGGUUCUGGUUCCAGCUUUGCCGAGUUUGCAGUCAUGUGAUCCUGGGAAAGUGGCUUCUCACCCCAGGUCUGUUUUCUCCAUGUAAAAUAGGGGAUCUGUAGCCCUUUCCGCCUCUGACACAGAUACUGCUUCCAUUUGUACAUGGGGUUGUGUGCCAAUGGCACUUCCACUCAGCUUGCUCGCUCUCUCCUUUCCUUGCCUUUUUUCUCCCUUCAGAUAUAUAUAGUAGAUCAAUAAAUCAUGUAAGGGCAGGUUGAUAAUGGAGCUGCUGAUGGGCCAGGCGUAUGCAGGCGUAUGCAGAGUGCUUCUGCGAGAGCAGUAGAGUUUGGACCUUGAACCAAGCAGCUGUGGCCGGUAGUUGGAGGAUCGAGUCUAUCUUCAGCUAAGUGUGUGUAAUGACCCGAUUCGCUCUUUGUGCAUGCCUGGGAGAGAGGAUGGUGGGCAGAGGGAGCCUGUUGUUUAGGAAUUUUCCUGGGUGGGUGAGGGGAUGCCCUGGAAAAUAGGAUAGCAUAAGUUUCUUAUCUAUUGGAGGCAUCUAUUUCUAGCUGUGCCCAGGAAGCAGCGUCUCGGGGUCUCAUUCAGGUUUCUCGCACAGAAGGAUUAAAAUCAGAAAUACCAAGACUUGGGCUGAAACCUAUGGCUGACUUAGAGUCAGGAAGCUGCAUUCUGUUUCUGGUUCUGCCAUAUACCGUCUGUGCAACCUCUAUGAGCCUCAGUAUUUGCCUCUAAUUUUCCUUUUCAGUGGAGUGAGUAGCUGCACUGCCUAGCUCACAGGGUGUUGUGAUUCAGUGAGAUGAUACAGGUGGGAGUCAAUGAAACUGACAUCUAUACAGAUGCCAGGUGGUAUUACUAACUUUAGUCUUUGGGUCUGUUUGUGGGGGCUGACUUAUGGGGGGUGGGAAUUUGGGGAUUUUGUCUGCUGAGUUCUCCAAAUAAUGUCAUUAAUACCCUCUGACUCUCAAUGAGAUAGGAAGGUUUGAGGGAAGUACUGUUUCUUUCCUAGGAAGACACUCCAGCCUACCUUCCUUUUUGAACAAAAUUCCCGACUUUUUGGAAAGCUUUUCCUUAGCUAUAAAUUCCACUCCUGCUCUUACUUCCAAAUUUUGGGGGCAGUGGAGCAAGAACUCUACCUGAGCCUCUCAGCUAAGCCCAGCCAGAUACCCUUUCCUACCCAGAGUGGACUUUCUCAUGUAACCGAGCAUCUCCCUCUGGGCCUUCAGGCCUGUGAAGGGUUAAGUGAGCCACACCCUUAACAGGAACAGCCUCGGACUUUGUGCUGAGCAGCCGUCUCUGGCCUCUCUUGGCUUGACUGGCACAGGGAGCCUGAGCUGGAGGAGGCAGCACAGUGGAAGGUCAGAAGAGUGGACACUGGCAAGAGGAGGGCAACCUCUUUCCUGGCCUGCCCGACACCAUGGACAGCUCCCAAUAACGAAGGCAUCUCUCUCCACCCUUGGUGCCUUGGAACUCCUAUGCCCCCUUCCUGUCAAAUUGGGAUUUCAUCCACCAUUUUACAAGGGAUACUGAAGUUACACCCUAGUUUGUUCCAGUGUUGGGAUCAGCAGAACCUCUGGACAUGACUCUCAUGGAAGACUCUGUGGGGGUGGGGGACCUUGUGCUCCUGGAACCCCUGGAGGAGGAGCCUCUGCUCAAGAACCUCCAGCUGCGCUAUGAAAACAAGGAGAUUUAUACCUACAUUGGGAAUGUGUUGAUCUCCAUGAAUCCCUACCAGCAGCUGCCCAUCUAUGGUCCAGAGUUCAUUGCCAAAUACCGGGACUAUACCUUCUAUGAGCUGAAGCCCCAUAUCUAUGCUUUGGCAAAUGUGGCAUACCAGUCACUGAGGGACCGGGACCGAGACCAGUGUAUCCUCAUAACGGGCGAGAGCGGAGCCGGCAAGACUGGUGAGGUGCCUGGCUUGGGGAGGCUGUGCAGUCACUGCUGGAACCACCCCCUCAUCUCUUUCCGAGCCAGACCUGGUCUUGCCCCACCCCAGAAAUUCCUUCCCACUUUUUCUGAUUCUGAGGGGUAUGGUGCUGGAAUGACAGGAGUUAAGGAGAGUGGUGGGGAUCCAUGUGAAGGUUUCUCUUGCACAGAGGCCAGUAAGCUGGUGAUGUCUUAUGUGGCGGCUGUCUGUGGGAAAGGGGAGCAGGUGAACUCUGUGAAGGAGCAACUGCUUCAGUCAAACCCGGUGCUGGAGGCUUUUGGCAAUGCCAAGACCAUUCGCAACAACAACUCCUCUCGCUUUGGAAAAUACAUGGAUAUUGAGUUUGACUUCAAAGGAUCGCCCCUUGGUGGAGUCAUCACAAACUACCUGCUUGAGAAAUCCCGAGUGGUGAAGCAGCUCGAAGGAGAAAGGAACUUCCACAUCUUCUAUCAGCUACUGGCCGGAGCAGAUGCACACCUGCUGGAGGCCCUGAAGCUCGAGCGGGACACAAGUCAUUAUGCCUAUCUGAACCAGAAAGUGUCUAGAGUUGAUGGCAUGGACGAUGCCUCCAACUUCAAGUCUGUACAGAAUGCAAUGACUGUGAUUGGGUUCUCGGAGGUAGAGAUUCAGCAGGUGCUAGAGGUGACGGCCCUGGUGCUGAAGCUGGGGAACGUGGAGCUAGCAGAUGAGUCCCAGGCCAAUGGGACAUCAGCAAGUGGCAUCCGUGAUGGGAGAGGAGUCCAGGAGAUUGGGGAAAUGAUAGGUUUGAAUUCAGAGGAACUAGAGAAAGCUUUGUGCUCAAGGACCAUGAAAACAGCCAAAGAGGAGGUGGUCACUACACUGAACUUCACCCAGGCUCAGUAUGCUCGGGAUGCUCUGGCUAAGAACAUCUACAGCCGCCUUUUCAACUGGAUAGUGAAUCGAAUCAAUGAGAGUAUCAAGGUGGGCAGCGGGGAGAAAAAGAAGGUAAUGGGGGUCCUGGAUAUCUACGGCUUUGAAAUUUUAAAGGACAAUAGCUUUGAGCAGUUUGUGAUCAACUACUGCAAUGAGAAGCUGCAGCAGGUGUUCAUCGAGAUGACGCUGAAAGAGGAGCAGGAGGAAUAUAAGAGAGAGGGCAUACCGUGGACAAAGGUGGACUACUUUGAUAAUGGCAUUAUCUGUAACCUCAUUGAGCACAAUCAGCAAGGCAUCCUGGCCAUGCUGGAUGAGGAGUGCCUACGGCCUGGGGUGGUCAGUGACUCCACCUUCCUAGCGAAGCUGAACCAGGUCUUCUCCAAGCAUGGUUUCUAUGAGAGCAAAGUCACCCAGAAUGCCCAGCGCCAGUAUGACCACACCAUGGGCCUCAGCUGCUUUCGCAUCUGCCACUAUGCGGGCAAGGUGACUUACAACGUGAACGGCUUCAUUGAUAAGAACAAUGACCUACUCUUCCGGGACUUGUCCCAGGCCAUGUGGAAGGCCCAGCACCCCCUCCUUCAGUCCUUGUUCCCUGAAGGAGUUCCCACACAGACAUCUCUCAAGCGCCCCCCAACUGCUGGAGCCCAAUUCAAGAGUUCUGUGGCCAUACUCAUGAAGAACUUAUAUUCCAAAAACCCCAACUACAUCAGGUGUAUAAAGCCCAAUGAGCAUCAGCAGCGAGGUCAGUUCUCGUCAGAGCUGGUGGCCGUCCAGACUCGGUACCUGGGACUGCUAGAGAACGUGCGGGUGCGUCGGGCGGGCUAUGCCUACCGCCAGAGGUAUGGGCCCUUCCUGGAAAGGUACCGAUUGUUGGGGCGGAGCACGUGGCCUCGCUGGAAUGGGGGAGACAGGGAGGGAGUUGAGAAGGUCCUGGGGGAGCUGAGCUUGUCCUCAGAGGAGCUGGCCUUUGGGAAGACAAAGAUCUUCAUCAGAAGCCCUAAGACUCUGUUCUACCUGGAAGAGAAGCGGCGCCUGAGACUGCAGCAGCUGGCCACGCUCAUUCAGAAGAUCUACCGGGGCUGGCGCUGCCGCAUCCACUACCAGCUGAUGCGCAAGAGUCAGAUCCUCAUUUCCUCCUGGUUUCGAGGCAACAUGCAAAGGAAGCGCUAUGCGAAGAUAAAGGCAUCAGUGGUGCUGAUCCAGGCUUUUGUGAGAGGGUGGAAGGCCCGCAAGGAUUAUCGAAAAUACUUCCGGUCGGGGGCUGCCCUCACCUUGGCAGAUUUCAUCUAUAAGAGCAUGACGCAGAAGUUCCUGCUGGGGCUGAGGAACAAUUUGCCGUCUACCAACAUCCUGGACAGAACGUGGCCAGCGGCCCCUUACAGAUGCUUCAACACAGCAAACCAGGAGCUACAGCAGCUCUUCUACCGCUGGAAGUGCAAGAGAUUCCGGGAUCGACUGUCCCCAAAGCAGGUAGAGAUCCUGAAGGAGAAGCUCUGUGCCAGUGAACUGUUCAAGGGCAAGAAGGCUUCCUACCCCCAGAGUGUCCCCAUUCCAUUCUGCGGUGACUACCUUGGGCUGCAAGGGAACCCCAAGCUGCAGAAGCUGAAGGGCGGGGAGGAAGGGCCUGUUCUGAUGGCAGACACUGUGAAGAAGGUCAAUCGUGGCAAUGGCAAGACUUCCUCUCGAAUUCUUCUCUUGACCAAGGGGCAUGUGAUUCUCAUAGACACCAAGAAGUCCCAGGCCAAAACCGUCAUUGGACUAGAUAGUGUGGCCGAGGUGUCAGUCACCAGCUUCAAGGAUGGGCUUUUCAGCUUGCAUCUGAAUGAGAUAUCAUCAGUGGGCUCCAGGGGGGACUUCCUGCUGGUCAGCGAACAUGUGAUUGAACUGCUAACCAAAAUGUACCAGGCUGUGCUGGAUGCCACACAGAGGCAGCUUCUAAUCUCCGUGACUGAGAAGUUCUCAGUGAGGUUCAAGGAGAGUAGUGUGGCUGUCAAGGUCAUCCAGGGCCCUGAGGGUGAUAGGAACGGCAAGCUAAAAUGCAAGAAGAAAGGGAGCCGUUGCCUGGAAGUGACUGUAUAGUGAAGAGGUGGGGGCCUGAUGCAGAGACAGCAGCUUCUCUGGACCCGUGCCAACCCCACCCACCCAUGUUUGCAGGAGGAUCUGAUCGUGGUGUGGGGCUCAGAGAUUGAGGAACCCUUGAAGAGGACCUUUCUUCUCCCAAACUCUUCUGGGCCCCUCUCCCUUAGAACUUAUCCUCCCACCCUCAGCUGCUUUGCCCACUAAUAAAACAAGUGACUUCCCAAA